AUGCCCCCAGGCGGCUUCUCCCACCAACGCUCCCAAUCCACCUCCUCCCUCCCCCCGCCCUCCUCCUCCGCCUCUGUCGCCGGCUCCUCCUUCGGCAUCCACGCCCGCCACGCAUCCACCUCGCUCCGCGGGCCCGGCGCGCACAUCACCCGUCCCACGGGCAUCCCCAGCUUUAGGGGCUAUUACUACUAUUACUCGCUGUCGCUGAGGACGGGAUCGAAUCAGGACGUGGGAGGAUUGUUGGCUGGUCCGUUGCUGGGUGGUCGGCAACAAGCGGAUAAGGACGCGAAGGAGAAGGAGAAGAAGAAGAAGAGGGGGGGUCAGCAGGGAGGGGGGAAAGGAGGAGGAGGAGGACAGGGAGGAGGAGGAGCGGGUGGUGCUGGUGGUGGGAAGGGGAUUGGGAUGACUCAGAACACUAACGUUACGAUGGACGAAAAGGGGCCGGUUGUGGCUGAUGGGAAGAGGGCUGUGGUGACGGUUGAGCGGAUGAAGGUGAAAAAGCGAAGCAACUUUGAGACUCUCAUAAAGUUUGGGACGGAUGCCACUGGUCUCGAACGCACCUUCCGCCUCUUCCAAGCCCUCGCCCAAUGCAUCGCCCACAUCCCCUCCAUCCGCUCCAUCUUCAUCUUCUUUCUCUACACUCUCCACCAGGUCCUCCGCGCCUCCCUCGUCAUGGGUCUGAGCACAUUCAACCUAUCUCCACCCCUAAAAGAAUCAUUCCCCCCGUCAACCGAAGCAGAAGCCCAAAUCAUCACCAUCGCCCUAGGCGUCCGCUCAAAACUAUCCCAAGGCCGGCGCUUCUUCCGGCUCUUUCGCUUCUUGGAGAGUUUUCAUUCUGCUUCGACUCUUUACUACCAGCACCAGGCACAAACGGAAACCGACAAGAGCGAGGCGGAUAUUUACUGCAUGUGGCUGGAUAUCAUGUCCAAGAGUUUUAACGGGAUGUACAACCUCUUCGAGGCGCUGGGGUUCUUCGCGGCGCUGGGCGUGCCGGGGCUGGAUCCGUGGGGAGCGGAGGUUAAUAGGUUUUUGCAUGUGGAGGGUCAAAGGUUUUGGUUGUUUGCGCUUGUUUGCGGGGUGGUUGCGGGUGUGGUUAGGCUGGUGAAUGAUCGGGACCAGGCUGGCGUUGAUGGUGCCGGUGAUGCUGCUGAGACGGAGAAGGAGAAGGAGAAACAGACAGGAACAAAGGAGGAGGAUGAGCAUGGUAACCAACUAAAGGAGGAGGAACGCCAGCGCGCGGUGUUGGAGCAGAAGGAGCAGAGGAACGCGAUUCGGAAGGAUCGCUGCAUGCGGAUCCAACGUAGGGUCAUGGCUGAUCUGCUUGAUCUUGCUCAGCCCGGUGCUGUUGUUGGGUGGUUUCCGGACUGGCCGGGCAUGAUUGGGCUUAUGAUGGUUGGAAGUACGUGGCUUACUGGUGUAGAGGUCUGGGAGAAGUGUGCGCGGUGA